CGAAUCUUCCGAGGACGGUUUCUUCGAUUUCGAACUGGGGCCGGCCACGGAGGAGCGACCGGUGCCCAUUCUACAUCCGCCGAUGGACCGCUUCAGCUACGUCCGCACGCUGCGGGAUGCCAUCUACGGCAAGGUCAUCCUCGCCCGGCGAAACGCGAGCAACCACGACGAGCUCGUUGCGAUCAAGAUGAUGAGCCUCCAGCACCUCGCGGCGCGCACGGCGCUGCGUGGCAACCUCCACAUCAAGGAAGAUGGGCUGCAAGAGUUUGCGAUCUUACAGAGUCUGGCGCCGCAUGCGUCGCUGCUGCAUCUCCUCGAGGACUUCGAGCACGACAACAUGCUGUGUCUGGUCUUUGCCUACUGUCCAUACGGCGAGCUCUUUGACCAAGUGCACGGACCCAACAAGACGUCGCGCGGCGUCCACGAAGCUAUCGCCGCGCGCUGGUUUCGUCAGAUUGUGCUGGGCGUCGUCCACAUCCACGCGGGCGGCGUGGCCCACCGCGACUUGUCGCUGGAGAACAUUCUGCUCGACGCGCAACAGCACUGCCGGAUAUGCGAUUUCGGCUUGGCGACACAGCGCGGCGACCUCGCCACGGGCCGCGUCGGCAAACCCUUCUACAUGGCCCCCGAAGUGUACCUCGGCGAUCACACCAGCUACAACGGCUUUUCCGCCGACGUGUGGUCCCUCGGUAUCUUGCUCUUCAUCUUGGUCUGCGGCAUGCCGCCCCUUGAAGUGCCUGGCGACCACGACGCCCGCUUCCGCAUCGUCCGGCAAGAAGGCAUCCGCGCGCUCGUCAAGAUGUGGGGACUCCGUCUCUCGGAACGCGUGCUCGAUCUGAUUGCACAGCUUCUUCGCGUCCAGCCACACGAGCGGUCGUCGCUCGAGACCAUCUUGCAGCACCCAUGGCUUGCCGAAGUGGAUGCAUGCGACGACACCCCCGCGGUCGACUGCCGACCACCGAGCACGACGACCGCCGACGCCGACGUCAUGCGAUGCGACGAGAAGCGCCAUGGGAGUUGCAUGGCCUACGUGGCCUGAUGGCCAUGGGUGUUGUCGUCGUCGAGUACAGUGUAGUUGAUGUGAACCGAGGGUGGUGUGAGUGUUUUUGUGUACCA